AUGUCUGUGCUUAUUACCGGUGCUAAUGGAUUUAUUGCUUCCCAUAUCGUCGAUACCCUGCUAAACUCUGGCUAUACUGUCAUUGGUACUGCCAGAUCUGAGUCCAAGUUCGAACCACUUCUCGGCGAAUUCAAGAAAAAGUACCCUAAUGGUAACCUCUCCUAUGAGGUUGUGUCCGACAUCACUGCUGAGGGUGCUUUUGACGAUUUGCUGAAGAAACACCCCGAGAUCAAGUACGUGCUCCACACUGCCUCGCCUUUUUCUUUCGGCCACGACAAAUCUUUCGAGGAGGCCUACUUCAAGCCUGCUGUUGAAGGCACUAAAAACGUUCUCAAGUCGAUUAAAAGAUACGCUCCUCAGGUCACCAAUGUGGUCGUCACUUCCUCGUUUGCGGCAAUCCAGAGAUUUACCCCUAACUACGUCAAGUACACGAACCAGGACUGGAACCCAAUGAAACUUGAAGAAUGCAAAAACGAGAUUGAGGCAUACUGCGCAUCCAAAACUCACGCCGAGAAGGCUGCGUGGGACUUUGUUAAGAACGAGAAGCCAAAUUUCAAGCUCACAACCGUCAAUCCACCAUACGUCUUUGGUCCACAAGUUUUCGACUCUGCUGUCAGCAAGACUCUGAACACAUCCAACGAACUGAUCAAUAGGGUCGUCAAGACACCACCAACCGACGAGCUGGUCAGCCAGCCAUCCGGCUUGGGAGUUGACGUCAGAGACGUUGCAAAGUUCCACCAACUAGCCUUUGAGAAGGAGUCGGCUGUCGGAACUCGGCUGUUUAUUGUUUCUGGCCACUUCACAGGACAGACCAUCCUGAAUAUCCUCAACAAGCACCUCCCAAACGAAAAGCUUGCUGUGGGUGCUCCAGAAAAGGACAACGCUACAGGACUGGUUGGCUACGGUAUUGAAAACGUGCUUGAAUCUGUCGGUGGCUACGAGUUUAUCUCAUUGGAGAAAUCGAUUGUCGACGCUGCAUCACAGUAUCUGAAGAAGUUUGGCAGCUUCAAACAGGUAGAGUAA